UUCAAUUCCACCAAAAAAUUUUAAACAAAAAUAAAAUUUUCCAAAAAACUCGCAAUUUUUGAGACCCCUAAAGUAAGAUAAAAUGUCCAAAACCAUUUAUUAUCAAAACAAUCAAUAUGCGCGUGUAAUGAAUCUAAAAUACAAAUCCAAAUAUAAAAAAAUCAAACGAAUUAUCAAGAAUUAUGUUUUCGAAAAUGCUGCAUUAUGCGAUCAAAUAGCCCAGAUCCAGGAGGACAUCAUAACGAGCAAAGAAGAACGUCGUUUUCUACUUAAACGCCUCAUAAAACACGAAAGUGAUAUCGAACUGACUAUGAAGCAAGAAAACAACACCUCGGUCAAUGGAGAUGCCACAACGCCGGUGGCUCCUCGAGUCCCAGGUAAGCGUGGGCCGAAGAAACGCAUCAAAGUCGAAGAUGAAACAACUACAAAACCGAAAAAGGAAAAGAAUCAAAGCGGGAAAUCAGGAGCAUCUAAAAAAUCCACUGUCAUUCAAAAAGUUCCCUACGACGCCCACGGAAAACCCAUAUUUCCAAUUAACCUCGGAGGUUUUGUUCUCCAUGCCUUGGGUGAAAUCAUGUCUGAAAAUACAAACUUCCACACUGAGAAUUGGAUCUACCCCGUCGGAUAUCUGGCUACUCGAGUUUUCUCCCAUCCAAAGGAACCCGAACGAAAAUGUGUCUUUACUUGUAAGAUUCUCAACAACUCAGGAGUACCCCAAUUCCAGAUAAUUCCUGACGCCGAAUUUGACCAUGUCUUCUUCGGAGAAUCAGCCAAUAUCUGCCAUCUAGGUCUUCUCGACACAAUUGUCCGAGUUUCCGAUGUCGCGAAUCUACCACUACGCCCCCAAGGCGAGCGGUUUUUCGGUUUAGGUAACCCAACUGUGAUGUCUCUGCUGCAAUCCCAGCCGAAUUUCAAGAAGCUGCAGAAUUUCAAGGGAUUCAUCGUAGACGGCGGCUAUGCCAUCGAAGACAAGGACCCCACUCUCAGCUACGAGGCUCUGCAGAACAUGAUAACCAUGUCUGCGUAUCACACUGUCCCCGAAGUCAAAGAGGAACCUCCAGAUGAGUUAUUGGAAUAAAAAACCAUCAACCAUU